UUCAAGAUGAACAAGAUUUUUAUUUGUUUAUUUCUACUCGGAGUUGUCGUCGCAUCCACCAUGGGUGCCAGCGACUGCACGCUACCGCUCCGCAAAGGUCCGUGCCAAGGCAGAUAUCACAGCUACUACUUUGACGUAAAAUCUCGGCAGUGCAAGCCAUUCGUCUAUUCGGGAUGCGGUGGCAACGGAAACCGUUUUUACAGCAUUGACGAAUGUGAAUUUGCCUGCCACUAUUUUAUGACAUUACCAUAAAUUAAAAUAAAAAAAAUUACUUUAAAAGA